UCCUUUUCCCGCCUUCUUUUCCACUCUUCAUUUGAUAAUCUCCUUGUUUUUAUUCUUUCUCAUUAAAAUUUUUCCACCAACACUAUUCACUUUUUUUUUUUCAUUUUUAUUCAGCAAUGUGGCUCGUCAUCCAAUAAUUUCGGCCUUUUAUUUCUCCAAUUUCGAGCCCAUUUUGUUAUAAAAUCCUCUGAUUGUAAAUUUUUAUUUAAAUUUUUGGUUAAUUUUUGGUGAAUAAUUAAUUUAAUUGAUAAUGGAUCGUGUUGUCGGUGGAAAAUUCAAAAUGGGUCGAAAGAUCGGAGCUGGUUCGUUCGGCGAGCUUUUCCUUGGGGUCAAUAUACAGACAGGGGAAGAAGUUGCUAUAAAGAUGGAACCUGUGAAGACCAAGCACCCUCAGCUUCACUAUGAGUCAAAGUUGUACAUGCUUCUUCAAGGCGGAACGGGGGUUCCCCAACUCAAGUGGUUUGGAGUUGAAGGUGACUACAAUAUUAUGGUUAUUGAGCUUCUUGGGCCAAGCCUCGAGGACUUGUUCAACUACUGCAAUCGAAAGCUAUCUUUGAAGACAGUGUUAAUGCUUGCAGAUCAGUUAAUCAACAGAGUUGAAUAUAUGCACUCAAGGGGAUUUCUUCACCGUGAUAUAAAACCUGACAACUUUCUAAUGGGCUUGGCACGAAAAGCAAAUCAGGUGUAUAUUAUUGAUUAUGGCCUUGCUAAAAAGUAUAGGGAUCUUCAAACUCAUAAACACAUACCCUAUAGAGAGAACAAGAAUCUUACAGGCACAGCUCGAUAUGCAAGUGUUAACACUCACCUUGGAGUUGAACAAAGCCGAAGAGAUGAUUUGGAAUCAGUUGGUUAUGUGCUCAUGUAUUUCUUAAGAGGAAGCCUUCCCUGGCAGGGCCUGAAGGCAGGGACGAAAAAACAGAAGUAUGAUAAAAUCAGUGAAAAGAAGAUGCUAACUCCUGUUGAGGUACUCUGCAAGUCAUAUCCAUCAGAGUUCAUAUCAUACUUCCAUUAUUGUCGUUCAUUGCGCUUUGAAGACAAGCCAGAUUAUUCAUACUUGAGGAGGCUUUUUCGUGACUUAUUUAUUCGAGAAGGAUAUCAGUUUGACCAUGUAUUUGACUGGACCGUUCUCAAGUAUCCCCAGCUCACUGGUAGCUCUAGACAACGGCUGUCAAAUGGAAAAGCUGCCUUAAAUGCUGGAGCAUCUGCUGAAAGACCAGAGAAGAUAUCAGUGGGACGAGAAAAUCGUGAUAAAUUUCCAGGCGCUGUUGAGGUAUUUGCUAAGAAAAAUGCUUCAGGCAGUGGACAUCUCAGCGAUCAUUCAAAGCAGAAGGUAUCAGAGAAGGCAUCACCAUCAAAGGAUUUGGACAACGAUUCUGGAAGGGAACGAACUUCUUCCAACCGCCCUAGCAGCUUGUCCAAGAGGGCUGUUGCCUCAAGCAGCAGGCCAACCUCUUCUCUGGGGCCUAGUGAUAGUCGAUCAAGUUGGCUUCUUUCAGGUAGUAGUCGCCUCUCCACAAGCCAGAGAGUCCAUUCUGGGUCUGAGCAGAAAUCGUUUCUCUCACGAGCUACAACCUCAAAAGGUUUCCACGAAGAUCAGAAUCAAAGCUCUGAGUACCAUUCGAGAGUUACAGAUAAGAGGAAGGGGUGACCGUGGACAUCCCAUUUGGUAAGAGAUGGUGGUUCUUUCCGGUGAAAUCCCCGCAUUCCCAUUUCAAUCAAAACAUAUUUCUUAACACUCAUUAAUGGGUCUCACCACAGCUAAAUUCCACUUUUUUUCGAUGGAAAUGUCAUAUAUAUGAUUUUCUUGCCUGUCAUCAUGCAAUGUUGUUGUAGAGUCAUGAAGAGAAGGAUGCUAAGAUUUGGGAUCCGGGCGAUCCUCUCAAUUUGUUAAUAUUUAUUCAAGGUGUAGUGGCAGAUUGCUCCUGUUCCUACAUUCCUACUUGUCUGAACAGAUUUAUUCCUUCUCAUUCUUUGAAUUAGUUGCUGUCCUAUGAUGCAAUCAGCAAAUGUAAUUUGAUUUUCUUCUACAGCUUCCUUUUCUUUUUCUAUCUCUCUCAUUUUAAGAAAAUGAGAACCAUUUGGACCUAAGCUCCCCCCCUCUGAGGGAAAUAUGAUAAAUAUCCUACAAAUAGCAGUAAGCAAAAGUCCUAGAGG